AUGAGGACACAAACGUGCCAUUUUCGUUUUGUAUUCGCAGCACGACAGACAGACACGAGUCGACUGCUUAUCAUGAAGGCUUUAUCUUCAGAGUCUCCUCGGCCAAGGAGAAGGUUCUCCAAACCUCUGAUGGAGAAGCGCAGACGGGAGCGGAUCAACCACAGCCUGGAGACGUUACGAAUCCUGAUGCUGGAGAACACCCACAGCGAGAAACUGAAGAAUCCAAAGGUGGAGAAGGCAGAGAUUCUGGAGAGCGUGGUCCAUUUCCUGAAGACGGGGAAGGAGGUGGAGAAGGGUCAGCGGGACGCGAAGAGAGUCUCGUCCAGGGAGCAAAGACCGACCUGUCCCCGCCAGCACAGCUACCAUGACGGCAUGAGGUCCUGUCUGCUGAGGGUCAGCCACUUCAUAGCCAGCAAGGGCCAGGAGCUGGGAGAAACCCGUGCGGACGCGGUCCAGUCUCCUCUACCCGAACCCCAGACCGACUCUUCCUCCCCCGGGCGCAUCCACAGGGCACUGGUGCCCUCAAGUCUGUCUCCACCUCACCUGCCCCUUCAUCACCACCAGCACGGGAUAACUCAUCCGUACCUCACCCAGAUGACCGGCCUCCACUGUAACACCGGGGAGCCGUUCUCCACCCCGGCAGCCUCCACGCACAUCACCGACCCCGUGUGGAGGCCGUGGCCGCAGUGA